AAUUAAAUAAAAUCCGACCCACAAGUUUAAAACCCUUCUCCUCUUCUUCCUCCUCAAAAACCCUAAUAUUCCCUCCCUCCAUCUGUCUGCGUAUACUUAAAAAUGGUGAAGGCUGAUAAAACUAAAGAGAAAAAGGAAAAAGAGAGCGAACACAAACAAGAAAUACAAUUAAACGAGGAACCGGAUGUAGUAGAAGAAGAAGACGACGAAGCACAGAGCUUUGAAGAGUUAGGGUUAGACCCUAGGCUAAUUCGUGCCCUAAACAAGAAAGAAAUUAGCAUUGCAGAGCCCACUCCAAUUCAGCGAGCCGCUAUUCCUCUAAUACUUCAAGGGAAAGACGUGGUUGCCCGAGCGAAAACAGGGUCAGGGAAGACAUUAGCCUACUUGCUUCCUUUGCUUCAGAAGCUUCUCAGUACGGCUGAUUCGAAUCGAAAAAAGCUUUCACCUUCAGCAUUUAUUCUGGUGCCAAGUGGAGAGUUAUGUCAACAGGUUUAUAAGGAGGUUUCGUCGCUGAUUGAUUCCUGUAAAGCUCAAUUGAAAGUUGUUCAGUUGACUAGCAACAUGCCUGCUUCUGAUUUGCGGAACGCGUUGGCUGGGCCGCCCGAUAUUUUGGUGUCUACUCCUUCUUGUGUAGCCAAGUCCUUGUCAGUUGGUGUACUAAAAUCGGAAUCUAUUAAUGACUCACUUGAAAUUCUUGUUCUUGAUGAGGCAGAUCUCUUGUUGUCAUUUGGCUAUGAAGAAGAUCUCAAAGCUCUUACUGCUCUUGUCCCAAGACGUUGUCAAUGCCUUCUUAUGUCUGCAACGUCAAGUGCUGAUGUUGACAAACUGAAGAAGCUUGUUCUGCAUAAUCCAUAUGUUUUGACCUUGCCAGAAGUUGAAGGUGUCAAGGAUGAAGUUAUCCCCAAAAAUGUUCAGCAAUUUUGGGUUUCAUGUGGUGAUCGUGACAAGUUAGUUCAUAUUCUUGCUCUUUUGAAGCUGGAUCUGGUUCAGAAAAAAGUUCUGAUAUUUACUAAUGCCAUUGAUAUGAGUUUCAGAUUGAAAUUGUUUUUAGAGAAGUUUGGAAUAAAGUCUGCUGUUUUAAAUGCUGAGUUGCCGCAGAAUUCUCGUCUCCAUAUCCUAGAGGAAUUCAAUGCUGGGCUUUUUGAUUAUUUGAUUGCAACGGAUGACAGAGAAACAAAAGAAAAGGAAAAAGCCAACGAGGGAAGUCUUGCUGAGACAAGAAAAUCAAAAAAGCAUGCCAAGCAAAAGUUGGACUCAGAAUUUGGAGUGGUGAGGGGAAUUGACUUCAAAAAUGUACACACGGUUAUAAAUUAUGAUAUGCCUCUAAGUGCCACCGGAUAUGUACAUCGAAUUGGACGUACUGGAAGAGCUUACAGUACUGGUUCUUCUGUUUCUCUGGUUUCUCCAGAUGAGAUGGAAAUUCUCGAAGAAAUAAAAUCCUUUUUAGGGGAUGACGAAAACAAUGAAUCGAAUGUUAUUUCUCCAUAUCCUUUGCUCACAAAGAAUGCAGUGGAGUCUUUACGGUACAGGGCCGAGGACACAGCAAAGAGUGUGACAAAAAUUGCUGUCAGAGAAGCACGAGCUCAGGAUUUGAGAAAUGAAAUUCUUAACUCUGAAAAGUUGAAGGCUCAUUUUGAAGUCAAUCCAAGGGAUUUAGAUCUUCUAAAACAUGACAAAGUUCUGAGCAAGAAGCCCCCUGCUCCACAUCUUUCUGAUGUGCCUGACUACUUAUUGGAUGCAACAACCAAGGAAGCAAGCAAGAUGGUUAAGCUUGCGAGAGCUGCAAUGGGAAACAACAACUCUGGUCGCCGCCAAGGACCAAAGAGAAACUUCAGAAAAAGCAAAGACCCCCUCAAGUCUUUCUCUGCUGAGGGGCCGAGGAGAGGUCGCAAAGGUGGAAUGAAGAGAGAAGGAAAAGACGGGGAUGAUACUCAUAAACACAAGAAGAAAAAAAUUCUCUAAAAUAAUCCCGUCUCUCAGGCCCUGACCAUGCAAUUUUGUAUGAAUGACUAGUUAUACAAGAAAUUUUGUUUCUUUCAAUUUCUGAAUGCCCUAAAUCUAUAUACAGGUGGCUAUGUUUAUUCUUUUUUCGCCGUCUGUCGUGCUAUUUAUUGCCAUAAACAAGCUUGAGGCGUGCUUAACACCUGAUUUGAAUCCAUCAACAUUAUCAUCAA